GCAGCAUCUAUGGAAGCAGCGCGCACAGCAUAGGAUAGUAUGGUCAGGGGCAGAUGUCUCUUUCAGCGAAGCCUCCUUGACACAUGAAGCCAAGUUUCCUGCAAAAUACGCCGUGGCGUUGAAGGGGGCACCGGCGCGUGUCCACGGUUCAGCACGCUGGACAGCGCUCGCACGAGUUCCAAAUGGGCAAGACUUUCCGGAGUUAAUUUCUACACACUCGGAAGGAUUUUUACCACUAUCAACGAAAACAGAGGAAUUAACAAUGCAGGUGAUACAUAUUACUGUAACAACAGGCGCACACACACGGCAAGUGUAGUUUUAAAGUGAGAAAUGGACUUGGCGGAAAUACUUCUUGCGUUGUUCAUCGUUGUGGUCGCGAUUGUCUCGUUGUUGUCCAACUUGCUGGUGCUGCUAUGUUUUGUCCACAGCACCGAGAUACGCCGACAGGUGCCUGGUAUCUUUACAAUGAACCUGUCUUUCUGCAACAUUCUCAUCACGGUUUUGAAUAUGCCAUCGACGCUGGUGGGAAUUAUUAAAAACCAACAGCCUUUUGGGGAUUGCCUGUGCCACGCCGUUAGUUUUCUGGAGACUUUUCUCACUGCCAACACCAUGUUGAGCAUGGCUGCACUGAGCAUUGACCGCUGGAUUGCCGUGGUCUUCCCACUGAGUUACUCCACCAAGAUGCGCUACAGGGACGCGCUCGUCAUGGUGUGCUACGCGUGGCUUCACUCCCUCACAUUCUCUCUCAUCGCGGUACUCUUCUCCUGGGUAGACUACAGCCACAUUUACGCAUCCUGCACUUUGCACCUCAGCGACGAGAAGGACGAGAGCGCACGGAUAAAAUUCACUGUGUUCACAGUUGCUUUCCAUGCAAGCAGUUUCAUGCUCUCGCUACUUAUCCUUUGUGUCACUUACUUAAAGGUGUUACAAGUUGCCCGAUUCCACUGCAAGCGGAUAGACAUCAUAACAAUGCAAACUCUCUUUCUACUUGUUGACAUUCACCCGAGUGUCAAGCAGCGCUGCCUGGUCGAACAAAAGAGGAGAAAACAGCGCGCCACAAAGAAAAUCAGCAUUUUCAUCGGGUCGUUCAUCAUCUGUUUCGCUCCAUAUGUGAUCACAAGGCUGGCCGAGUUGUUGCCGUUUGUCGGCGUUAGCCGUCACUGGGGCAUCGUGAGCAAGUGCCUGACGUACAGCAAAGCCGCGUCGGACCCGUUCGCCUACUCGCUCCUGCGGCAGCAGUACCGCAAGGUGCUGGUGUCGGUGGCUAACAGACUACUGCGACGCGACCUCUAUCCGUCGUCCGGCCCCAACAGCUCACUGGAUACGGAGAACGACUACUGUCUCCAGAGGAUCAGCUAAAGGAGCUGAGAGAGGAGAGAGGAGGGGAGGGGAGGAGGUGC